CCGGAACUGCGGUACGGGGUGCGUGGGAACACCGUUUUGCCGACGGCAUCACGUGAUCCCAGAAAUCACAUAAAAAAAUGGCUUGGCUUGCAUGAGGGUUUCCGUCUCGCCUCAUGUCCUACUACCCUCCUCAAGGUGCACCUGGCCAAGGCGGCUACUAUCCACAGGUGCGAGCUUCCUUCGAAAAGAACAUGUGUAAACGUACACUCACCGUUUGAAUGCGCAGCCACCUCCGCAGGCGUACGGGGGAGGCCCCGGAUACAUGCCUCAGCAGCAGCCGCAAACAAUCAUUGUGUACGUUUGCACAGUUUUCAUUGUACCUGAUCUCGCCACAUUGAUGGUCUUUCUAGCCAACAGCAACCCCAGCAGAGCGACGACUCGAAUUGUUGUAUGGCCUGCCUUGCUGGCAUGUGCUGCUGCUGCUGCCUUGAAGCAAUUUGUGAUUGAGUGCUUGAGCGCUCUUUAUGAAUCUUGGCGUUACUAUUUCCACUGUGCCAAGGAGUCAAAUCUGGAAGUACUGAAACCAAUUAUAACGGUCCAGAUCUACGACGUUGCCCCCGUUUUUAAGAUGAAUACCAGGAUACAUAGAAACAACUAAACGGUGCAUGUCGAACGAGAAUUCUCUAUAUAGUUUUUCAUUUCCGGAGUGAUCGUCCGUUCAA